CGGCGGCGGCGGCUCCGGGGAGGUGCGUACCGGCUCCCCGCGCUGCGCCUGGGGACGCUCCGCCAGCCGAGCGUCCCGCGUGAUCCCGUCCCUUCCCGGGGUGCCGGGGGGGUCGGGAUCCCGCGCCCCUUCGCAGGAUUUCCUUGGCGUGGUCCCCCGAGGGUCCCAACUCCAGCCCUCCUCCCAGCCUCGGGCAGCCGGCGACGAGAGAGGGUAACUCCCUUUCCAGCUGUUUCGGCCCCGCCGGAACCUCUGGGCGCGCAGAUCGCAUUUGUGUGGACCGCGCAGCACCCCGAGGGAUGCCGGGGUGGGGGUGGUGGUGGUAGGUGUCCAGCUUCUGGCGUAGGUUUAGCCCCAAGUUGAGGCGCUCAGAAGCCCGGCGGGAGCUCGAGGCUGGGGACUGACCGCUGUCCCCUACCCCCUUCCCCUCCGGCUCUGGCCGGUCACGGGAUACUGGACUUCGACCUGUCUCUCUCCUCCAGGCCAGGGCAGCUGAUGGUGGUGGCCGAAGCGCCUUCAGGUAGCUGGGCCUGCCCCCUCUUCCCCCUACCUCUCGUCCUCCCCUCCCCUUCCACCACCACCCUGGCUCCCCUCCCCCAUGACAGCCUGGAUCCUCCUUCCUAUCAGCCUGUCCGCCUUCUCCAUCACUGGCAUAUGGACUGUGUAUGCCAUGGCCGUGAUGAACCACCACGUGUGUCCCGUGGAAAACUGGUCCUACAACGAGUCCUGCUCUCCUGACCCGGCUGAGCAAGGGGGUCCCAAGACCUGCUGCACCCUGGACGACGUCCCCCUGAUCAGCAAGUGUGGCACAUACCCUCCAGAGAGCUGCCUCUUCAGCCUCAUUGGCAACGUGGGUGCUUUCAUGGUGGCCCUGACCUGCCUCCUGCGCUAUGGGCAACUCGUGGAGCAGAGUCGCCACUCCUGGGUCAACACGACGGCGCUGGUCACAGGCUGCACCAAUGCAGCGGGCCUGGUGAUGGUCGGCAACUUCCAGGUGGACCACGCAAAGUCCCUGCACUACGUGGGAGCGGGCGUGGCCUUCCCCGCGGGGCUGCUCCUGGUGUGCCUGCACUGCGCCCUCUCCUACCACGGGGCCACCGCCCCCCUGGACCUGGCUGUGGCCCACCUGCGGAGCGUGCUGGCUGCCAUCGCCUUUGUCACCCUGGUCCUCAGUGGCGUCUUCUUUGUCCAUGAGCAUUCUCACCUGCAGCACGGGGCAGCCCUGUGCGAGUGGGUGUUUGUCAUUGACAUCCUCAUCUUCUAUGGCACCUUCAGCUACGAGUUUGGGGCAGUGUCCUCAGACACGCUGGUGGCCGCACUGCAGCCCGCCCCUGGCCGAGCCUGCAAGUCCUCCGGGAGCAGCGGCCCCUCCGCCCACCUCAACUGUGCCCCCGAGAGCAUCUCCAUGAUCUGAGGGGGGUGGGGGUGGGGGGCUGUUCCCAACAAACCCUUGUGCUUCUUUGCCUUUAUUUCAUACCAAAAACAACGUUGAAAAAGUAUUAUGUUGGGAUCGGGGCUUCCUCCUGCCUGGAGGGGUGGCCCUCCCACGUCCAUCUGUGCCAGAGAGGGGCAGGCCCUGCCAGCCGCCCGAGCUGCCAUGCAGCCUGCUCCCCUGCCCCCACAGCGGUGUUUCUGGGCCCUCUUAGCCCGGCCAGCCCUUCAGGUGCCUUCUACUCCCCAGUGCCCAGGCCGGACCACUGGGGCUUCCUGCUGCAGGAAUUGGGGGCUGGGCCAAGGGGCCCGGAGAGGCGUAGCCGCGCAUGUGUUAGUCCGUGGGAAGGCCCUCUCCUGGGUCCCACAAGCUGCACUGGGAUUCUUCACUCCACUCCUCACUUCCUUUCGGACGAAUAACACAGCAGAACCACGUGGGCAUUUUAGUACCUUUUUUUAUAUCUAUUAAAAGAAUUCUAAUUUG